AAUGAAGUUGUUUUAUUAUUUUUCCAAUAUGCACGCGCCUGUCACUAUCUGGCAUUACGAAUUAAAGUAGACAAACCCUAUCCCACUUUUUCUUACCAUUAUAUAUAUCCUUCCCCCUUUCUCUUUCCUCCCAUCCAAACACUUAUCUUUUUCUCUCUCUUCCCUCUUCAAUCUUCACAUUUUCUCUAUGGAGAAUCAUGGCAACAAGCGAGUCUGGGACCAGUCCUCUGACUCCAACACUCAGCGGGUCGACUCGCCCGAGUCUAAGAUUCGUCGAGUUGACUCGUCCGAUUCGGGUAUUAACUCGUCCGAGUCUCAACUCGAAUCGGUCCUCGACUCGUCGGAGGUGCAGCUACAAGACGACAUUUUUAACAUGCUUGACGACACGGACAAUGUGCCCGAGCGUGACUCGGUGCAGGGUCUUGACUCAGUGAUCAAAAGCUUCGAGGAUGAGAUAAAUGCUCCAGGUUCGGAUUCUGGUUCCGGUGACCCGGCCCAGGAACCCGACUCCGGGGAGCUACAAUCUAACUUGGGCUAUCUUCUAGAAGCCUCCGACGACGAGCUCGGGUUGCCGCCGACGGUGGGUGACGGCGAGGAAAUGGGUCGGGCUGCCCCGGAAAUGGCGGAGCUUGCCAGGUUCGUGGGAUUUGAAGACGACAUACCCAGUUAUGAUGCAUUCGGGUUUGGGUCGGGGUUUACGGCGGAGAAUGACGGAGGUGCCGGAGGUUUUGUGACGGUGGAUGGGUUGUUUGACUAUUCGGACCCGUCGGCGGAUGUUUUGUGGCGGUCGGAGUCAUUACAAGCUAUGUAGGUGGUGGCGGUGGUUUUAGUGAAACGGUGCGUAGGGGUGGAAAAUGUAAAUCUGGGAAAAUAUUGGCGUUAAAAAUAGGAGGAGGGGUAGCACAGAAAGGUAGGAGGUAGAUGUGAAAAAGUUGUAGGGUUAGGAUUUGUUUGUUGUUUUGGUUUUUUCGUUGAAUUCAAUUGAAACAAACUCAACUCCCUCAUGAGCCGUUUCAGUUUUGUUUUGUUGCUUCAGUUGCAUCUUGAACCGUUCUUUAUUUAUCCUACAUAAUCUAUUUGAUUAAUUUUAAA